CCUGAAUAACAGACCCUAUUGCUGCGCAAUUAACAACCCCUCAUGCGUUGAAAACACUUGUAUAUCAUUUAGAUUGAAAAUUACGAUUAUGUUUCACUUCGACCCCUUAAGUAUGGUCAUAAGGUUGUGGUUUCUAGAGGCCACCAACUUCACAUGGAUCUACUCUCGACCAUCAGUCGUACAUCGCAACGUGAACUUCAUAAAGCGCGUUAUAUUGACAAUACGAGCCUUACUAAAAACAUGUACAUUCAUAUCUCAUAAAAUAUCAAUCCAGUUGAGUAAUUGUAUCAUUUGUAACAAUUUGAUUUUGCUUGUAAACUGACAUGCCUCAUGUAACAAACUGUCAUUUGAGAAUGAAUUAUUAUUAUCAUUUGUAUAGCUUAUUUCACUUAACUCACCCAUUUUGUAUGAUGAACAUGUGGCUUUUGAUUGUAAAUACUUGUUUCAUUCGUUGCGAAAUACAUGUGUGUCCUUGUCCUGUUUACUUGAAUGGGGUUUACACAGAUAUAAAAGUAAUUUGAAUACACGGGCUUUUUAAACAGGCGAACUAUACCACUUGUGUCACGUUCAAAACAUCAACAGCCCUGGAUUAUUCUCCUGUACAGCCACAGACCUGAUAUUUAUUCGCCUACAGAGCCCUGUCAUCAAAAGGAAAAUAACUUGAUAAACAAGUGGUGUUGUUUGGCCUAUACAUAAUCCCCGUUCAGUAGAUAUAGAAAAUUUUAAAGGUGAUCUUAGUGGACUUAUCAACAAAUAGCUGAAACGCAUGAAGCCCUAAUUUAAACAUAUCGACCUUUUACUAUUCAACACAGAAAAACAGGAAAUGUAAUGAUCAGACAAAAGAAGGAGGGUUCAGGUUUUGUGUCAGAUAAACUUCUAUUACGUGUAAGUAAAUAGUUUCAAUUAUUCUACACGUGUAUAAACAGAAUGUCAAAAGUUUAUUUGAUCGAUUUUACGUGACUGGAUCUCUUUACGUUAUCGUAUUGACAUGAAUGAUUUUCAGAAGUUAUUAUUAAUUUUUGGUGGAUUUGUUUCGUAUAUGCUGGCUGAUGGAUACACUUACUCUAUGGGUAUAUUAUAUUCGGAGCUCAUGAGUGCUUUCCAUCUUAGUAGUGUUGAAACUGCCACCCUACCUGGAAUGAUUUUCUCAAUGCCUCAAUUUUUUGCACCCUUUCUGUGUCCACUACUUGACACUUAUGGGUUUUCGUCAGGUUCUGCAUGGGGUGCACUGUUAAUGUGGGUCGGAUGCUUUGUUUCCUCAUUUGCGAACAGCUUUCACAUUUUAUACUUGACUCUGGGCAUAUUGACCAGUAUUGGACUUCAGUUGACAUAUUUAUCUGCACUGAUGUCAGUUACUGCCCAAUUCGAGAACAGUUCAUAUUUUGGUUUAGCCAUAGGACUCACUAUGUGUGGUUCAGGUGUUGGUGCAUUUGGGUCGAAUUACCUUCUUGCUUGGCUCCUAAGUAUUUGGAAUUGGCGUGAGGUGUUAUUGAUCGAGUCCGCCAUACUUCUGAACAUUUUGGUUACAGCAUCGUGUUCUCAUCAUUUAGAUGCAGAACUAAACGCUAUAACAUUAGUGAAACAUGAGCUGAGUUAUCCUGACGGUAUAGAAGAUACAAACCAUCAGAACAAGUAUCCUUCUGAAGCAGAUUUUGCCAGUGAUUGCUCAAUAACUAAAUACUUUUUGAAUUCAAUUCCACUUUGUUUAUGUAUUCCAUCGUUAUUCCGCUUUCGAAAUUAUCGUCUACUUUUAUCUCAUUCAAAUAUUAUAAAGACCAAUGCUGAAAAUAGUGAUUAUGAUAUCGUCAAUAAAGAAAGAAUAAAUGGAAUAAGAUUUUCAUUUGGAUGCCCACAAUUUUUACAAGAAUUCACUUCAAAUUUUAAAAAGUUAUUUUCACCGAAAUUAUGGAAAAAUCCUAAUUUUUUAUUUUAUGUAAUAGCUAAUGGUAUAGCUGGUGCUGGAGUUGUCAUACCAUGGACAUUUAUUUACGAUCAUGUUCUAACUACUCUGUCUUAUUUGAAUGCUCAAAAUUCAGUUGGAGAUAUAAACAAUCAAGAUAUUUCCUGGCUUCCAUCUUUAAUUGGAUUCGGAUUGCUAUUUGGUCAAUUGUUUUAUGGUUUGGUAACUUCUCAGUUUGGUGACAUAGGUACAUGUUGUAAAAAUAACAAUCAAGAUUGCAAAGUUGAAAAUGGUAGCUCUUGUUGUCAACCAAAUUGUUUUCAGUCCGUCAAUAAAAAAUGUUCAUCGUCAAAGUAUAAAUUUCAUUUAGUAAUCUUCCUGAUAACACUUCUUUUAAAUAGUGCAUGUACACUAACUAUAGCUUUAGUCCCAUUAUGGUCUGUUCAAAGUGAGUUAAAGCACUUCGAAUUAUUCUCGCAUCAAGAAGGAAAACUAUUAGCGUUGGCUUGUUUUUUUGUUGGCGUAUCAAAUGGUGGAUUGUACGUCAUGUUUCCACAGUUAAUCAUUGACAUUGUUGGUACUGAAUUAUGGUCUUCUGGACUUGGCUUAUUUUUAACUUUUAAUGGUCUUAUGAAUUUGUGUGGAACUAAUAUUGGAGGCAAAAUAUAUGACACUAGAGGUUCAUAUCAAAUGGCACUUUUAAUCGCCGCAUUUCUGCCGCUAUUCGCUUUUCUUUUGGUCGUCAUGAAGGAGAUAUUCACGUGGUUAAUAAAGAGUUCUACAUUAUCUGCCAAUUCUGAUUCACUGCAAAGACAAAUUUAAAUGAUAUUUAUGCUAAGAAUUCAAAUGACGUUUUAUUAAAAUCCCUUUUUUAGCGCA